AUGCAAUUAGCAUUAACACAUCCAAGUGGAAAUUAUGUUUUACAUAAUAAUCUUGGUCCAAAUCCAGAUCAUGUUAAAAAUACUUUAGCAAAUUGUCGAAUACGAAAUACAGUUUAUGGUGAUCGAAAACAAUUAUUUCGACCAAUAACUAAACGAGGUGUAUCAACAUUAUUUAAAAUAAUGGCUAAAAAAGCUAAAACAUGUGAACAUAUAUCAGAAAUAGCAAAUUAUGAACGAUUAGAAUUUCUUGGUCGUUUAUCAACAUUUAGUGUUGGAUCAAUUCAAAAUCAUUUUUUUACAUCAUUAGCACGAAAUCUUUGCUUACAACAUUUUAUUAUUUAUAAUCAUGGACAAGCAAAUUCAUUUGAAGCAUUAAUGGAUGCAAUUUAUCUCGAUGGUGGAUUGGCUAUUGUUGAUAAAAUUUUAUCGAAAAUUCUUUUUUAUCAAGAUAUACAGCUAACGAAUAUAUGGAAUAAUUUACAAGAAUAUCCAUUAAAAGUUCAAUAUCCAAAUAGUGAUCGUCAUUUAAUUGAACAAGUACCUUUAUUAAAACAAUUAACUAAAUUUGAACAAGAUCUUGGAGUAGAAUUUCGACAUAUUCGAAUGUUAGCGCAAGCUUUUUGUACACGACCAAUACCACAAAAUGAUUUAACUAUUGAAGAUAAUGAAAGAUUAGAAUUUCUUGGUGAUACUGUACUGAAUUUUGUUGUGAGUGAUCAUUUAUAUCGUCAUUUUCUCGAACAUCAAGAAGGUCAUUUAUCAUUACUUCGUUCAUGUCCUGUUUCUAAUCCAACACACACUGUGAUCUAUGAUGAAUUAGGUAUGCAAGUAUAUGUAGAUUAUGUUCGUGAACAACUUCGUAUAACAACACCAAAAUUAAUUGAAAAAUCUUUAAAAGCUAAAGCAGAUGUAUUUGAAGCAUUUAUAGCUGCUUUAUUUAUUGAUCACACAUUACGUGAUCCAAAUGAUCGUAAUCCACCAUUACCUGAAUAUCGAGUUUUAAAAUCUAUUGGAUCAUCAAAUAAUGUUCAAUAUAAAGUUGCUUCAUCAAACCAUCAUCAUAAUAAUUCGAAACGUAGAUCAACAACAACAGGUAAUAAAAAUGAGAAUAAUCGACAACAACCAUAUUCAUUAAGAAAUGUUAAAACGAGAGGUAAUGUUUCAUCAAUGAUUAUUACAUCGACAAAAGUCACAAGUUAG